AUGGAGAAAUUCAUCUCAUUCAUGUGGAGACAGUUCCGGUUCAUCGACAGCUACCAGUUUCUCAAUGCGUCACUCGAUAGACUGGUGAAAACGACACCAGAUGAGUCAUUCACUCACACCAAGACGUUGUCAAACCAUCAGCUGUUGAUGAGGAAAGGAGUAUACCCCUAUGAGUACAUAAACAGCUUCUCCAGGUUCGAUGAGACUCAGCUACCAGCACAGAGUAAGUUCUAUUCUUCACUGUCUGAUGAGGGGGUGAGUGACGAUGACUACAAACAUGCUGAGACAAUGCGGAUGAAAUUCGACUGUCAGACUCUUGGUGAUUAUCGCGACUUGUAUCUCAUGACCGACGUGUUUCUCUUGGCUGACAUCUUUGAGAAUUUCAGAGUAGAAGCUGUCAGAACGUAUCAGCUGGAUCCAGCAAAUUACUACACUCUGCCUGGAUUUGCCUGGGAUGCCCUGUUGAUGUACUCAGGUGUGUCCUUGGAAUUACUAACAGGCUAUGAUCAACACUUGUUUGUAGAAUCAGGAAUGAGAGGUGGUGUGUCGAUGGUCUCACAACGAUAUGCUGCUGCUAAUAAUCACUAUCAGGAGAAAUAUGAUGCUGAUCAGCCAUCGUCAUUUUUCCAGUAUCUCGAUGCCAACAAUCUCUAUGGUUGGGCAAUGUCACAGCAUCUCCCAGUGUCUGAUUUUCGGUGGGAGAAACCAUCUGAGAAACUCCUGAACAAGAUGCUGAACACUCAAGAUGAUUCCUCAUCGAGGUAUAUCGUCGAGUGUGAUCUGGAUUAUCCACACGAACUUCGUGAGGAGCACAACGAUUAUCCAGUUGCUCCGGAACGUCUUUCCGUCAAUGAAGACAUGCUAUCUGCAUACCAGCAGGAGCUUGUUGAUAAACUCAAUUCUUCCGGAGUAGAUGCUCUCAAACUUGUACCAAACUUGAGGGACAAGACAAAGUACGUUCUCCAUUACCGAAACUUGAAACUCUACACUCAGCUCGGACUACGUUGUGUCAAAAUUCAUCGUGCUCUGAAAUUUACUCAGACACCGUGGAUGAGAAACUAUAUCGAGAAGAACACUGAUCUCCGGAAGAAGGCAAAGGAUGAUUUCUCUAAGGACUUCUUUAAACUGAUGAACAAUGCGGUGUUUGGGAAAACUAUGGAGAACGUUCGGUUGAGAGUCAACAUAAAAUUGAUGAGAAGUCGUGAGGAGAAAAAAAUCAAACAGCUUGUUGCCAAACCAACGUACAACCGCCAUGUGAUCUUCAACGAUGACCUGGUCGGGGUACAAAGUAACAGGACAAAGGUCGUCCUCAACAAGCCCAUAUAUGUUGGGAUGCCGAUUUUGGAUCUCUCAAAGACGCUCAUGUAUGACUUUUACUACAAUCACCUGAAAGCAUUGUAUGGCUCUGAUGUGAAACUCUUGUACACCGAUACAUACAGCUUGGUUCUUCAUUUCUUUACUGAUGAUCUGUUUGAUGACAUGAGUGAGUUUCUUGAUAAGUAUGAUACAAGCAAUUAUGAUCAAUCACAUCCGUUAUAUUCCGAGAAAACAAGAAAGUUGUUGGCCUGUUCAAAGAUGAACUCGGUGGAAAACUGA